CAUCACAUUUGUUCGGACCUUUUUUUGAUUGGAUAGAAACCUGGGAAAUGAUAUCAAGGAUUAGGUACUUGGGGACAAUGUUGUUUCUUCACAAUUUUCAGAAGGCGUUUAAGGGAUUCCUCUCAAUGACACGCACAGUUCAGUCGUUUCUGUCAAUCCUCACACAACCAUUUGCCGGACCAUUUUCAGAGUUUUUGGAAUUCUUCCUUCCAUUAUGGAACCUAUGUAAUGAAUCAGCAGAGAGUUUAUUUUCAAUAGCAUGGUUAAUUCUGGAGACUUUGUGGAAUCUGGUUGGGAACACUAUCGAGGUCCUACUAUUCCCAUUGUGGUGUAUCCUAUCAGUUUUCGAGACCAUUGGAACAUGCUUUUUGUACCCUUUAUUUUCGAUUCUCUGGGAAAUACUCUGUGCUCCUAUUCGCGUGGUAAUGGGGUGCUCUAGUCUCAUUGCCAGUGCAAGUGCUUUCAUGUAUGAUGUGAUUCUAGAUUUGUGGAUGUUUUCAAGUGGUAUUCUUCGGCUCACUUCAGAGGUCGAGUCCACGGUCGCCUCGGCUGAGGUUUCCAUAUGGCGCUCUCUCUGGAAUGACCUAUUCUCCCAGAUUUUUCGUGCUCUUCGAAGCAUUCUCCACGGUCUUGUUGCCUUCCUCAUGGCAUGCAACCGGCAUCGCUUAAGUAUUUAUAAUCAUACAAAAGAGUUCAUUCAAAGAUUAUCACAACCCCGUGAGAGAGGCCAGCUGACAGUAUACAACGCCAGAGGGCAUAUAUCAGUAACACAGAUGUUGGGAGAGGAGCGUCCUCACAGAAGAAGAGAACAGUAGUCGAAAAAGUCUCAAAAAAUGGUCGUGAAACAAAUGGAAGAAACAGUUCAGUGAAUU